ACACACUCUUCUUCCUGUUGAAAACCUGCCGCCUACAUUACCCACAAUGCAACUUAGUCACUGAGCUGUUAUUGCUGGAACUAACACACUUUAAUGUGGACGACUGAUGGAGUCGUCAGUAACCUGGUGACACCAGCAGGUGGCAGCAGAGCGUCAUGACGCAGGUGUGCCCAGGUAACCAGGUAACUGCUCAUUUGAGUAUUUAUGAUUAAUAUCAAGCAGAUUUUAUGCCACGAUGGCAGAAAUACUGUGAAUCUUCUUACAUUUAGUGCACUGACUCAUGUUUCUGUGCAGUCGGGGGGGCUCGGGCAGAUUUAGAGGUGUAUGAAUCGUGACUCAUCCGGAAAUUUAACCUGGGUCUUAAAAAUAACCUGUGAGUCGCAAAUCUCUGGUAUCAUUGAAUCGAAUCACUUGAGUCCUACUAUAAUCAAAUCUAAAAUGAUAAAUAGCGUCACACAGAGCUGUAUACACAGCAAGCCCACCAGCCCCGCGAUGCCGAAACGUCAGAGCCGGAGAGCGAGUCGAGUCUCUGGACUUCCUCAGCACGAGAAGCACAUCUGUGUUACUGUACACAGUGUUCUGCAGGUACAGGUGCAGGUGCUCCUGUAGGUGUGCUGUAUAAAUCCAUCGAUCGUUUCAAAAUGAAAAAAAUAUGAAUAAAAAUGAUAUAUGAAUAUUAAGUAGUAUAUUAUAAGUAGGCUAUUUUCAUCCCUCUUUUGCAUCAUAUCCAUUUACACCGUUCCCACCUCAGUACUCGUUUAUGUUUGUUUUAUCUUAUUUUAGUAUCUCUUUUAUUUUUCCAAUCAUGUAUUUUAUUGCACUAUGUUCUUUUCUACGUUAGUGGUUAAGAUGGGCUAGGACUGAGUUUCCAUGGUAAUUAGGCAGCACUGACUCAAGUGGCUGCAGGUCUUCAGUUUUCAUUCCGAGGAAACGAAACUCAGGGCGGACUUCCUCGCCGCCUUGUUCGCGCGAACCAGUUCGCACAGCUCAAAAUUCAGAAUUUCUUUCUCUUAUUUUCUCCUCUCUUAUUGAUUUUCUCUGAAUGUUCAUGAUGAGAGCUGCUCGUAUCUCUGAAUGUUCAUGAUGAGAGCUCCUACAGCUGUUUUAAACUUCGCCGCACGUCCGAGGCGAAUUCGCGUCAGUUCGCGGUCCUCGCACUCUUGGAAACGGCCCCGCCUGUUAAAUUCGCCUGUGGUUGUUCGACAGUAGCUCGUCACUUACAGUAAAGAGGAAGUUGGACAUCACUCAGAUCGUGUCAGCGAACCCCAAAGCAACAUUCAGAGAGCUUCUGUGUGGAGGAAACAGCUGAAUGAUGAGUCAAACAUCACUGGAGUCCAAACUGGAGGCCCUGCAGUGCCACUUCACCUGGGAUCUGGACCCCAGCAGGUCCAGACUCUGCCGUCUCAGGGACAAGCUGGAGGACAUCGGCACCGAGGAGGGAAACAGCUGGCUGGGUCACGUUUACAACCUGCGGGGGUACGUUCAAUACAAGCUGGGGUUCAGCAAAGAUGCCCAGAGUUUGUUCAACAAGGCUGCAGAGGCCUUCUGCCAGACAAGAAGAGCAGACGCAGACGAGGGUCCCUGGUUAGUGGUGAACUACGGGAACCUGGCUUGGCUGCACCACCACCUGGGAGAACAAGCAGAGAGUCAGGCUUACCUGUCAAAGGUCGACGCCCUGAUGAAUAAAUACCCAUCUCCAUCCCAGGACGAGCUCCAUCCAGAGAUCUACGCUGAGAAAGCCUGGACCCUGAUGAAGUUCAGCACAGACAAGAAGCAGCUGGCUGCAGAUUACUUCCAGAGAGCCAUCAGGAUGCAGCCGGACAUGGUGGAGUGGAAAACCAGCCAUGUCUUAUUGUUAGUCAAUGCUUCUAAGCACAGCAGCACAGGACUGGAGGCUGACGUCUUCGAGAAAAUGAGAAUUGCAAAGGAAGAAGAUCCAGAGAACUUGUACCUCGCUGCUCAGCACCUCCAGGAAUGUGCAAAGAAAGGAGAAAGAGUUGAAGAUGAAGCUCGAGAGUUAGCUCAGAAGAUUCUGAGGAAUCCAGUCAGCAGUUACAGCGGUGUGAAAGCAAUACUCAGGGUUUACAGAAACUAUGUUUCUGUGGAUGAGGCCAUUGAUUUGGCAGAGGAGGCUCUGAAAAACCAUCCAGAUGUGCGUUUUCUGAAGAGAUGUGUUGCUCUCUGCUACAAAUGGAAGAUCAUUUUUUUCAGAGAAAGUCGCCCGAAGCAAAGCAUGAUAGACAGAGCGAUCAGCCUCCAUGAGGAGGUGGUUUCUCUUUACCCUCAGUCUUCUCUGGUGAAGAAAAUAGACCUCGCAAACAUAUACGCAAAGUCAAAUCACAGCCAGGCUAAAGCUGAGCAGAUUUACCAGGAGCUGUUAGAGAGUGAUCUGGAUCCUGCAGAUAAACAGAUGGUUUACAACCAGUACGCAAAAUUUCUGAACUUUGAUCGACAGGAUCGUCACAGGUCGAUAAAAUAUCACAUGAAGGCAGCAGAGAUACCGAUCCAAUCCUUCUAUCGUGAGAACAGCAUCAGAGUUCUGGGAAAGAUUAAAGACAGGAGCAGAAACCGAAUGUGUAGAGAAAUCCAGCAGUUUCUGGAAAACCUGCAAGAGCCAUAGUGUGUUUAACAGCACUGGUUCCAAAUACAGGCAGAAGUGUAGGUGUUGCAUCACCGGAAGAAAUCUGUACAGAGAAAGUAAAAAAAAAACAAAACACAACACAUUUUGGAAAGAUAUGCAGCAGUUGAGGAAAAGAUGAUAAUUGAAAUAAACCUAAAAUGGAAGUGAGCCACUGAUCGCUGCAGGAAACAAAGUUUGGCACUAUUCAGCGUGAUUCAUUUGAUAACAACCACAUUUAGAAAAUGCCACUGAUCACAGCGCGAUAUAAAGCAAGGUUUGACUUUAUCAAUGCGAAUAAUUACAGCAGAAAAGAUUUUUUUUAAUCUAAAUAUUAAGUAAAUACGUGUAAUUUCACUUUGACCUCCUGACGUGAUCAGCUUUAGUUUCCCAGGUGUGGCUGAAUGUCUUCAGAGUUACAAACACAAAAGAAAUCAUGUAAAUUGUUGAAGAAACAAAUUAGGAUUUUUGCUUUUGAAUGUGCAGUUUGCUAGUUAACAAAACAUCCACUGGUGUGUGUAUAUAAUCUGAACUCAGUUAAUAACCUGAGUCAUUCACGUAGAUGUUGAUGAGCUCAUCCUCCCCCUGCUGGGUUGCUUUGUUUUUUCUUUUGGACUGUAUUAAAGUAUCUCUCUUUGGAGUAUUGAUUACUGAAACUCUCUUAUUGAUCAUGUUAAGAUGUGUCUUAUAACCUGAAUAUUAUCACCAGAUGCAGCUGAUUGUAUUCAUAGUAAAUCUUGUUAAUCUGUGUCCCAGCUGUGCAAAAUAUGAAUAUCAAUAAAUAAAGAUUAUGUACACAAAGAAAUCUUGUUUUGUUUGCCACCAGCGUUAAACUUGACACAUGUGCGAGGGUCCUGAUGAGGCUUUAUUUUAUAUGUCUGAGAUUUCAGAAUCAUUUUUCUAAUGAGUUUGUUUCAAAUAAGAUUAAUUUGGUAACUUUUAUACAGGAAUCUAUCAAUGUGAAGAUUAAUUAACAAAUUGUAUUUGAUAAUCCUAGAACUUGACACUUUGGCAUGUUCAGCUGUCAUUUUGGUUGCAUGAUGUAUUAAACUGGAUCAAUAUGGGAAGAGAAAAGUGUCAGGAAGAAGUUGGCUGAAGAUCAACAGACAUAAUUACUGUUAUAAACAGUUCUGUGAUGGUGACACGGCACUGUCAUGGCUGAAGAGAGAACAAGGAAGAGAGUUUAAAGUCUCUGUGCCAGUGUCACUGUGAUGACCCUGUUGUGUUAACCCAUUUCUAUGCAGGUCUCCCAUAUUUUAUGUCUGAACCCAGAGCUGGAUCAAGACAAAGUGAGGGCUCGUCAGCUAAAUGGACUUGUGUUUAUGUUUGGUUUGGUCAGUUUCGGUGGGGGACUCACACGGAUAGUUGUCCUGCAUAUUUAUAAGGAGACUUGGCAUCAGUCUACGGCAGCCUUCAAACAUUUAGUUUUUCAUCAAUGCUGGUCAUUAGUGUGGCACUGAGUUCUGUUCCCCUGGUACGUUGGUUCUGUUAAGGGAACUUUCUGUGUUCUUGUUUGUUGCUGUGAGGGAAACAUCCACUGUGUAAAGGAGUGACUUUGAAUAACCUUUUGUUACGUAACAAUUUCCCUCUCACAUCCUUUUUGCUUGUCAACCUGAAUGUUGUAACAAUGGUAACAGUGAUAAUGAUCUGCACACGUGAUCAUUGCAGGUUAUUGCAUCAGUGCGUGUUGUUGUUGUCAAGGAUGAAAGGAUCUAAUGUUCAGAGGUCAAAGGUUAAAGUCUCUGUGACCUCGCAAAAUAUUAGCCAACAUAUCUAAUGCACAAUUAAAGGAGCACUCUGUAGUUUUGGGGAAGAAUGUUUAUGUGCAGAGAAGGAUUCAUUGGCUGAUUUUGUUUUUUUCUGCUUAAACAAGCUGAAUAAACAAACUGUCUUUGUUUUCAAGGUCAGUUUGUCCAAACUGAAUAAAAAACUCACCUCAAAGGA